GAGAAAUUUGGAAUUACAGAGUUAAACAAGUAUCAGAAAGAAGCUAUCCUGCAAAUAGUACAGGGGAAGACUGAUGUGUUCAUAAAUUUGCCAACGGGAUUUGGGAAAUCCCUUAUAUAUCAAGCUUUGCCGCUUGUUUGUGACAUAGUACGUGGAACUUCUGGAUAUAUUGUUGUUGUUGUUUCGCCGCUAGUCAGUCUUAUGAAGGAUCAAGGUGGAAAGCUCGUAAAUAUUGGCAUUCCUGCUGUAAGGCUAAAUGAUAUUAGCGAAGAUAAUAUGAAGGCUGUCAAGAGAGGUGCUUUCUCCGUCGUUUAUGGAAGCCCAGAAGCGUGGUUGAAGAUCGAUCGGUGGAGGAAAAUGUUAGCAAGUGAUUUGUACAGAAAGAAACUUUGUGCUAUAGCAGUUGACGAAGCACAUGUUGUAAAGCAGUGGUAAGUGAAGUAAUAUUAUUAUUCGUUGAUUUACAUGUGAUUAUAAUAACCAUAAUUUCUAAGCAGCGUUAAUCGAUAAAAAUGUAAACUUUUGGAUGAAAGAUUUCCCGCCGUGUCAUCAAUGAAUGAAUGAUGAGUGAGCUUUAGUUAAGUGUCAGAGAAUUUAGCUUAGUUAACUAAUUGUAGACACUGAACAAGAACAUUAAUUUAGUAACAAAGGAAAAGUAAGUAAUUAUGCAUUAUAUUUAAUGUUAAACAAACUGAAUGCAUAAUUACAUUGUGGAGCUGCAAAUAAAUCUUGUUUAAGUGAUUAUAACAAACUUAAAGUGACUCAUUAUCUCUGCUUAACCUUUUGUUGCUGUUAUUUAUAUGUGUACUAGGGGUACCUCAUGCACUAGCAACAUGGCAGCAUUUAGGGAAACGUACUCUGAGCUUCAUGAGCUGCGAUCCCUUCCACCUUACGUCAACAUAUUGGCUUUAACUGCCACAGCCACAAGGUCAACAAGGGAGACUAUAACAGAAGUACUUCCGUUGAAUACUCCCCAUCUAAUAAACAAGAGUCCUAGCAAGAUCAACAUAGCAUAUUCUGUGCUCUACAUAGACAAGGAAAGAGAACUUGACCAGUAUUUUGAAUGGUUGGUGGAGGAAAUGAAAGAGAAGAAAGUGGCAACCACUCGCACAAUAAUUUAUUGCCAGACAAUUAAGCAAUGUGGUGUUAUCUAUUCCAUCAUAAAGGGGAUGCUUGGAAGCAGCUUUUAUGCGGACAGCUCCGGUGAUCCAAGAAAGGUUCUUGUCGAAAUGCUGCAUUCUUGCACCCCUGAUAGGAACAAAAAAGUUGUGUUGGAGGCUUUCCAAGCUGACAAUUCACCAGUGCGAGUGCUA